CGGCGGGCGCCUCGGGCUCCGCCGCGGCCACCGCCGCCGACUCGGCGCAGUGGCUGUCGGUGAAGGAGGAGACCAUCUUUCUCCACGACGGGCUGAUCCGGGUCACCGACCUGGCCGAGCUGCCCAGCGAGAUCAUCGGCGUGGCCGAGCCCGGAGACACCGAGCUGGAGAUCUUAACCUUCGAGACCAAGAACCCCACGGAGCUGUCGGAGCGCCUGCGCGCCAUCUGUGGCAACCAGAGCAACGCCUACGCCCGCCUGCUGGAGUACCGCCUGAAUGCGCUGCGGGGCCUCUGGAACGCCCAGCGCCAGCUGGCCCUGGAGGAGCAGCACGAGCGGGAGAGCUCGGGCGAUGAGGAGGCGCUGGCCCUGCUUAAGCGGCAGGGCCUCCUGCAGCAGUCGGAGCAGGCGCCCUUCACCUCCCGCAUGGGUCUGCUCCUGGUCUUCCCCCUGAUCGAGUCCCAGAGCAGGACCGACCCUUCCUUGGGCAACGUCACCGCCGAGGUGCUCCUCUCCUGCCUCCGGGACUGCCAGCCCUUGAGCCUGACCAAGGAGCCCGCCGACUGCCUGAACGGCAUCGAGGCUCUGCUCUGCUCCUGGCUGGAGGAGGCCUCGCCCUGCGGCCAGCAGAUCCCCCACCGGCAGAAGGAGAACGCCGCCGCUGCCCUGGUGGCCUUGGCCUGUGCCAGUGCAAGGAUCUUCCAACUUGCUGCUAACACUAGUUGUGGUCUGCCUCUCAAAAUGCUACGGAAGACCCCGAUCUACACCUGUGGGACAUACCUGGUGAUGCUAAUCCCACCUCCGGGAGGCUCCGGCAGUUCUGCCACCCGGUCUCUCUUCGGGGGAAGCAGCGGUUUGUCAUCCUUGAAAAUCCUAGCCUCCAGCCUGGUGUACAAUCUGUCAGAUGGGCAGUUUGCAAGCCGAGCAGACCUCAUCGAUGCCGCUGGGAGCUCCCUUGGACGCGGGGCCCUUGUCCCUGGCCUAGGCGCCUGCUACGACGCCAUGAACAACAUGAUCUGGACCUGCUCCAACGACUACAUUGAUCAGUGGUGCAACCCUGGGAACCAAGCCUUCCACUACAUCUGCCAGAGGCUGGGAGUCAGCCAUGUCAUCUUGGAGCCACAAGGAGACGCCAUAGCCACCAGCGAGGUUAUCAAUCAGCUACUGCACCACGUGGGCGCCAUGUGCAUCCAUCAGCUCAACCUGCUGGCCGCCAGUAACAACAUGCCGAUCACAAAUUUCCUGGCCAAGCAACACCCGAUCGAAGCCCAUCACCUCAGCAGCAUUUGCGACAUCAUGGAGAAAGCCAUGGUCAACGGCGACACCUGCAUCAUACGCUGCAUCCUGGUGGUCUUUCAGGUGGUUUUUAAAUUUUUCUUCAGCCCCCAAACAGAGAAGAAUCGGGAGAUCGUCAGGCGAUCCGGCCUUCUGCUUUGGCAGCUUCUCAUGGCCCCAGUUGACCAGAUCAGCCCUGAAAUUCAGAAGGAGGUCUGCUUGGCCAUUAGUUCUGGUCUGAGCAUCCUGUACCCUGGAGAAACAGAAAUUAACAACCUACUGAAACUGGUCUUAACCGAAGGAGACAGGAACAGCGGCCUGGCCCAGCUUCGAGAUGUGAUCCUGACCAACAUGGCUGAACAGCUCCAGAACAACCGAUUUGGAAGUGAAGACGACGAGCACUGCAGGCUGAACGAUGAACUUUUGCACUACAUUCUCAAGAUCGUGGUCCGAGAAUCUUGUGUCUUAAUCACCAAGUGCCAAAUCGUCUCUCGAGAUGAAUUUCAGAGGCUUCUCUCCACUGUGCCUGCCGCCUCUGCCUGCCUGCGGUACCUGAUGGCUGUACAGAACCACCUUCUGAGUAAUACCGUUUUGAUUAAGCCCGACGAAAGCGAUGACAGUGACAGCUCCUUGCAGGGAGAGACCUUGAAGGUACAGGAGCUCAAGACCAGCAUCUUGGCUCUGGCCAUGCAGAUCCUCACGGGGUGCGAUGAAGUCCUGGAGAAGCUGCAGCAGGUCACCACCGCCCUGAUCAACAGCGACAUCCCAGACAGGGAGCAGAGGUUGAAAGGCCUGGAGCAGGUGACCAAAGCCACCAUCCUGGGCCACCUGCUUCCAGUGCUGCUGACCUCCCUGAUGCACCCAAAUCUCCAGACGCUGAUGGUGGCCGAUCCGCUCAUGCCUCAGCUGGUGCAGCUGGUCCUCUACACCAGCCAGACGGCCUUGUUGCUGAAAACGCAGUCUCCGGUUUUCUCAGACGUCAGCGGUUCUCCUGCAGGGGCCUCUGAACCGAGGAGCAAGCUCUUCCCCGACGAGAGAAUGCUGGAAGAGAAAGAAGAGCCGGGGUUCCUCACCGGCUUGAAAAUCCCGGCUCCUUGGGCUGCUGGCAAGACGGUGGAGACCGUUCACCCCGUCAGGGAUAACUACAAGUUUAAGGAGACGGUGCACAUCCCAGGAGCCCGUUGCUUGUACCUGAGGUUCGACAGCCGAUGCUCCUCCCAGUACGAUUACGAUAAGCUGGUGAUCUACGCCGGGCCCAACACGAACAGUCGGAAGGUUGCCGAAUACGGAGGCAACAUCUUAGGAUACGGCAGCCGGAGCGUCUUGGGGACCGGGUGGCCGAAAGAUUUAGUAAAGGUGGAAGGGGACACCGUCACCUUCUCCUUCGAAAUGCGGAGUGGCCGAGAACACAACACCCCCGAUAAAGCCAUGUGGGGCUUUGCCUGCACGGUCCGGGCACAGGAAUCCUCGGAAGACGUCUCGGGCGGAUUGCCCUUCCUGGUGGACCUGGCCUUGGGCUUGUCCGUCCUGGCCUGCUCCAUGCUGAGGAUCCUGUACAACGGGCCCGAGAUCACCAAGGACGAGGAAACGUGUCAAGAGCUGCUGCGGUCCAAACUCUUGCAGAGAUGCCAGUGGCAAGUGGAAGCCAACGGGGUGAUCUCCCCAGCCCUCACGCCCAGCCCUUCCCCGCUGCCUCUCACCAUUGAGGAAGACCAGGAGUUCACGUACCCAUCGGACGUCCUUGUCCCACCUGUGGGUCACUAUUUCGACCUGCCCCGAAUCCGACUCCCGCCCGGAAUCAUGAUCAAGCUCCGGGAAAUAUCUGGCCGUGCCCGCCCUCAGUUUCGGCCCAGCAUCAGAGAGGUGAUCCAGCCGGACGUGAUGGAGGAAAUGGUGGUUUCGUGCGUGAUCAAGCACUUGAACCUCGUCGACGCGCUCCAGUCUCUCAUCAACUUCCAGUAUCAGGAGGAGCACGCCGAGGAAUACGACCUGCUUUGCAAAAUCAUGGGAGAAACCUUCAAGAAACUGAACGCCAUGGAAAGACAACUGCAGAGUGUGGCUGAACUGGAGCAGAAAUGGCAAAGCGAGGUGGAAGACGCCAUGCAUGGGAAGCUGGAAAAUAACGUGCCUUUCUUCUACGAUUAUCACUUCAAUGAGAGCAAAAUGAAAGAGUUGGAACUUCUGUGCUCAAUGAAGGAGAUUUCUUUUGAUGGAGGAGAUCCCGAGAACAUGGUCCUUUCGCUGAGGGAGAAAUUCUUCCAGGAGGUGAACUCGGUGGUCCAGAAGCCUUCCCAUCCCAUGGCGAAGACCAAAGUCCUGGUCAAGAGCCUGAUGAACCGAGCAGAGCUGCUCCUGCACGUCACCAUCGCUGCCCAGUCGGGCCUCACCCGGAGCAUCUCCGGGACCCCGGCAGAGACGCCAGCGUGCAAGUCAGCCUCGGAAACCAAGGUCAUCUCCCACGCGGUUCGCCAGCCAGUCUUCCUCCGCAGCAUGUCGGCACCCUCGGAUCUGGAGAUGAUCGCAAACGAAGACCUGGAGUUCACCCGGUCCAGCCAGAGGCGGCGCCACGUUCCCAGCCACAGGAGCAGCUCCUUCACCCUCCUGCAGUCGCUGGCCAUCGAUGACAGCCGGGACAAGCCCACCUACAGCGUCCUGCUAGGACAGCUCUUUGCCUUCAUCGGAACCAAUCCUGAGCAAGCGGUGUCCAGCAGCGGCUUCCUGUUGGCCGCUCAGACGCGAUGGCGGCGUGGAAACACCCGGAAGCAGGCUCUGGUGCACAUGAGGGAGCUGCUGACGGCUGCGGUCCGUGUGGGCGGAGUGACGCACCUGGUGGGCCCAGUCACGAUGGUGCUCCAGGGAGGCCCACGAUUCAAGGGCUCGGCCACCGCACCCCUCAGGUGGCUGGAGCUAAACUCGGUUGGCUUCCAGUUAAGAGCCGUCUGGAAGCUUCCCAGCCUUGAGUCUGGCAUGACGCCCAUUUCAGAGCUGAUGCGGGUGAAAAGGAACUUCCUGUGGACCACCAGCAUGGCCCCCUGCGUGAAGGAGCUGCUGUUCCACCUCCUGGCCGAACUGCUGCGCAAAGUCCACAGCCUGGAGCAGCGGAAGAGCCCGGCGGGCCUCUCCUCCUCCAUCGCCCUGCAGCUCAACCCUUGCCUGGCCAUGCUGAUGGCGCUGCAGUCGGAGCUGCACAAGCUCUACGACGAGGAGACCCAGAGCUGGGUGUCUGGGAACGCCGGGGCCGGGGCCGGGGUGGGGGGUGCCGACCAAGGCAGGUUCUCCACCUACUUCCACGCGCUGAUGGAGGCCUGCCUGGCGGUGGCCGAAGUGACCCUGCCGGUCAACAUGGGCAUCACCACCAACGUCAUGUCUUCCACCAGCGGCCCGAACCUGAGCGAUUCCUCCUCCUCCUCCUCCUCCUCCCCCGGGCAGACCCCCCAGAGCCCCAGCCUCCUCUCCAAGAGGAAGAAAGUGAAGAUGAAACGGGAGAAGGCGGCGCCUUCUGGGAAGCGUUCCUCCUCCCGCGCAGCCGACACGGACCCGGCCCUGCUGGCCAUGGGGGGGAGCAAGCCGGAGGACAUGCUGUGGUUCCACCGGGCCCUCACCCUGCUCAUCAUCCUCCGGCACCUCACCAGGAAGGACCCCCAGGGCUUGGGGGUGACCAAUGACGCGGUGGCGGAUGCCUGCCAGGCCCUGGUCGGGGCGACGGCUCACAGCCGCCUGCUGGUGAUCUCCGGGAUCCCCACCCACCUGGAGGAUGGGGUGGUGCGUAGCGCCAUCCGCAAGGCCUGCAACGCCCACGGCGGCGUCUUCCGGGACGAGAUCUACAUCCCGGUGCAGGAGGAGCUGCCCAGGAAGGCCAAGGACAAAGCGGAGGGCGGGGAGUGCCGGACCGAGCUGGAGAAGCCGGUGGUGUCCAGCAGCGUGGACAGCUUGGACGUCAGCAGCUCCAGCAGCGUCACGCCGGCCAUGAGCGUCAGUGCUUCCGCCUCGACCAGCCAGGCCUCGCUCUGCAGCUCGCAGGGCAUCUCCCGGACGGUCAGCGACAUCUCCGUGGACCAGUUCCAGGCCGGCCUGGAGGUGGCCGUCCCGCCCAGCCUGCUGGAGCCGCACGGGGUCUCCAGCCAGGAGAGCUUGGACCUGUCGCUCUGCAGCACCGGCAGCCUGGGCAGCCUGGGCAGCUUUGGGGAGCAGCUGGACAACGGGGAGACGGCGUCGGCCUCUGACGUGGGCUCCCUCUACACCGUCACCUCGCUCGGCAGCCGGACCGCCCCAUCCAGGCCCAUCAGGGGCUUCGCUGUGGUGGAGAUCAGAUCCCGGGCCAAGAUCGAGAAGAUCCGGGCCAGCUUGUUCAACAGCAGCGAUCUGAUUGGCCUGUCCACUCUGGACGGGGAAGAGGAGCUGAUGGAGAUGUCCUCAGAGGAGAUUCUGACUGUCUCGACCGUGAAUCAGAGCUUGUUUGAUACCCAAGGGAGCCCCGCACUGGAAGACUACUUCGGUGACAAAACCAUCAAAGGGGACAAGCUAGUGCCGGGCGCCCGCGAAGUCCUGACGGACAUCUUUAAAAGCUGCCUCCAUUCCGAGCAAAUGCUGAGCCUCUUGCCGGCCAAGCCCACCAAAGUGAUGGAGAUUUACCUGAGCAAAGAGCAGAUCAACGCCCAGGCGCCCGGGAACCUCUUGCACACCUUCUUCACCCACGUCCGUCCCCCCAAGAAGGCCCUGGAGGAUCAGCUGACCCAGAUCCUCAGGAAAUACGGGGUCCCCAGGCCGAAGUUCGACAAGAGCAAAUACAGCAAGGGGGGCAAAGAGCAGCACCCCGUGAAGGUCGUGAGCACCAAGCGUCCCGUCAGCAAACCUCCAGCCAAGGAGAAGGCCGUGCUGAACAGCGUCAGCAGGACAGCCCUGAGUGAGAAGAAGCCAACGGUGAAGGCCCGGUCUCCAGAGAAGGGAAAACCUGAGGAGAAGGACCCCGACAAAUCCCCCACCAAGAAGCAGGACGCUCCCGAAGAGAAGUAUUUGACCCUGGAGGGAUUUCACAGAUUUGUCAUUGACCGAGCAAAGCAGGACAUCCGUAGCGUGUGGCGAGCCAUCCUGUCCUGCGGUUACGACCUCCAUUUUGAAAGGUGCGCCUGCCUCGACGCCAGGCACGCCCAGAAAGCCUGCCGCAAGUGGUCCUUGGAGAUGGACGUGGCCCUUGUCCGGUACAUCAACCGGCUCUGCCGCCACCUGGCCAUCACCCCUGCACGGCUGCACCCCCACGAAGUGUACCUGGACUCCGCCGAUGCAGCUGACCCCCAGGUCUCCUGCCUCUUGAGCAUCCCCAUCGAAAGCCUCCGCCUGCGGUUCGCCUUGCUGCAGUCCCUCAACACCACCCUGGAGACCUUCUUCCUCCCGCUGGUGGAGCUCCGGCAGACCAGGGUGUACCCCAACAGCAUCGCCGCCCUUCUGCAAGAGGCCAAAGGACUGAUUUUUUACGACACGAAAGUGACGGUCUUGAACCGCGUGCUCAAUGCCACAGUGCAGAGAACAGCUGAUCACGCAGCCCCAGAGAUCACCUUGGACCCCCUCGAAAUAGUGGGAGGAGAGAUUCGUUCUUCAGAAAAUUCCUAUUUCUGCCAGGCUGCCCGGCAACUAGCUUGUGUCCCGUCAUCACAGCUCUGUGUCAAGUUGGCCAGUGGAGGAGACCCCACUUACGCCUUUAACAUUCGCUUCACUGGCGAGGAGGUUCACGGCACAAGUGGAUCUUUCCGUCACUUUCUUUGGCAGGUUUGUAAGGAGCUCCAGAGCACGUUGCUGUCCCUCCUUUUGCUGUGUCCAAGCUCAUCGGUCAACAAGAACAAGGGCAAAUACAUCUUGACCCCCAGCCCCAUCAGCUAUGGGGAGGAACAGCUGCUGCACUUCUUUGGGCAACUCCUGGGCAUUGCCAUCCGGGCUGACGUCCCUCUGCCUUUGGACCUCCUGCCCUCCUUCUGGAAGAUCUUGGUAGGAGAACCACUGGAGCCAGAUGUGGACCUCCAGGAGGCUGACGUGCUGACCUACAACUACGUCAAAAAGUUUGAAAAUCUGAACGACGAAACCGAGCUGGAGGCCCUGUGUGCGGAGAUCGCCACCCAGCACCUGGCCAUGGAGAGCCCGGACAGCCCCAACAAGCCCAGCUGCAAGUUCACCUACGUGACCAUGACCGGCGAAGAGGUGGAGCUGUGCGCCCGAGGCAGGCACAUCCCCGUCGUGUGGGAGAACAAGGACGUCUACGCGGCGGCCAUUCGCAACCUGAGGUUGCACGAGCUGCAGACCGCAGAGUGUGUGAUGGCCGUGAGAGCCGGCCUGGCCUCCAUCAUCCCGCUGCAGAUUCUGACCUUGCUCACCCCCUUGGAGAUGGAACUGAGGACUUGUGGGCUCCCCUACAUCAACCUGGAGUUCCUCAAGGCCCACACAAUGUACCAGGUGGGGCUGAUGGAGACCGACCAGCACAUUGAGUUCUUCUGGGGGGCCUUGGAGAUGUUCACCCAGGAGGAGCUGUGCAAAUUCAUCAAGUUCGCCUGCAACCAGGAGCGCAUCCCCUUCACCUGUCCCUGCAAGGAUGGGGGCCCAGACACGGCCCACGUGCCGCCCUACCCCAUGAAAAUUGCGCCCCCGGAUGGCACUGCAGGCUCCCCGGAUUCCCGGUACAUCCGCGUGGAGACCUGCAUGUUCAUGAUCAAACUCCCUCAGUAUUCCUCGUUGGAGAUCAUGCUGGAGAAACUCCGGUACGCCAUCCACUAUCGCGAGGACCCUCUCAGCGGCUGACCUGCUCCCCUCCGAGGGAGGGCCCUUCAGAGGACGCACCGGAGAAGCCGAGCCACGACCAGGCAAGAGCGGAAGGUGAAUUUGCUCCUUGCCUUCCUUCUUGCGAUGGCCUUCGUGGAAGACUUCCGCUUCCUCUCCGUAGACUUCUGGGGUGGUGGGACUCGGCGGCUGCUGCUGCUGCUGCUGCUGCUGCUGCCUUAUGGAAAACUUAGUCCGGGGACCGAGGUUUAGCAAUCCCGGGGGAUCCCCCCCAUUUCGUCCUCAUCGGAAAGGAGCUCGUGGCCAAAGGGAGAUUCGGGGAUUGACCAUGCGAGGGGAAGAUCUUCCAUCGCCAUUUCUGAGGGCGUCGGUGAAGCAACCACAACUUGUUUUGAGGGAUGGAGGCGUAAUGUAACCCAGCUAGACAAGCGGCAGCGUUUUCUCACUUUUUGCCAGGGUGGGUCGGAACUUGUUUGGGGCCACUUCACACAUUCCACGGUGGGGUGAUAAACAGCCAGUUGCCAUGGUCUAAAGAACGGGGUGGGGGAGGGGUGCUGGUCUUCCCGCUUGAUGGGCUCCGGUCCAGUUGGCCCCGAAGGUUCCACCUUGCGCUCAGAAAUGGUCCUCCCGAGAUUCCCUUUGGCAUGUGGGAGGAUCCCGGGCUCUUCCUUAGCAAAAGAUGGAGAGGAUCCACCUGGCUUUCUGGCUCUCGUUCCCACCGAGGGUUUCCAAGGGAACUCCCCAGGCGGACGCCACGGUGGCUCUCCUCGCCAGAGGCGCCUUGGUUUCAGAGGACGCGCCAAGCACCCCCGUCAAGCCUGCCUCGGAUCGAGCCGUUUCGGGGUCGCUUUCGAACUCAAGACUCCAAAGGCUAUCGGGGAAAGCGCCAG